AUGGCUGUAGGAACCUACCUUCCUCCUCCAGCCACAAGGGAACGCCCCCCAGGUUGCAAGACCGUGUUUGUCGGUGGUUUGCCGGAAAACGCCACGGAACAGCUCAUCAUGGAGGUUUUUGGGCAGUGCGGCGAUAUCACGGCCAUUCGCAAAAGCAAGAAGAACUUCUGCCACAUCAGAUUCGCAGAGGAGUCCACAGUAGACAAGGCUCUCUUCCUGUCUGGUUAUCGAAUCCGUUUGGGCUCCAGCACAGACAAAAAGGACACCGGUCGCCUCCACGUUGACUUUGCACAGGCCAGAGAUGACCUGUAUGAGUGGGAGUGCCGCCAGCGCAUGCUGGCCCGAGAGGAGCGCCACAGGCGCAAGAUGGAGGAGGAUCGCCUGCGGCCGCCCUCCCCUCCUCCGAUUGUCCACUAUUCAGAGCAUGAGUGCAGCCAGCUGGGGGACAAAAUCAAAGACGAUGGAAAGUUUCCAGAGGCCGUGCGAGUGCUCCUGACCUGGCUGGAAAGGGGGGAAGUCAAUCGCAGAAAUGCCAACAACUUCUACUCCAUGAUCCAGUCCUCCAACAGCCACAUCCGCCGGCUGAUUGGUGAGAAGAGUCAGCACGAGAAGGAGAUGGAGGAGGCCAAAGACAAGUUCAAGACGGCUCUGGCUGGCAUAGUGGCUCAAUUUGAGCAGAUUGUGUCUGUAUUCCAAGCUGCUUCCAAACAAAAGGCAUGGGACCAUUUCUCCAAAGCUCAGCGCAAGAACUUGGACAUGUGGCGCAAACAAGUCGAGGAGAUCAGAAACAUGCACAACGAGCAGCUGAUGGACAUCAGACGUGAAGAGGAGAUGGAGAUGUCUGAUGAUGAUAUGGAGGAUGUCCCUGACAGCAAAGACUCUGAAGACUCAGGUGUUUCCCAAGCAGAAGCCUUAAAGGAGGAGAACGACUCCCUGCGCUGCCAGCUGGACGCCUACAGGAACGAGGUGGAGCUGCUCAAACAGGAGCAAGGAAAGAACCAGCCGGUGCGGAGUGAGGAGGACAGCACUCAUUCCCAGCAGCUCAGCUUCCUGCAGCAGGCUCUGCAAGGCAUGCAAAAGCAACUGUUAAAAAUGAGGGAUGAACUGAAGCAGCGAGAGGCUGAGCUGGAAAAGAGUAUGGAGGACAAACAGCACCUAAAGUCACAAGUCCAGAAUCUGAAGGAGACUCUCCAGAAGCUGCAGAGCACACAGACGAUACAGCUGGAGAUGUCGAAGCCUGGUGAUGGAUGCAGUGAGGACAGCGACAAUCAGACCGCUGAUGCCACACUUUCCUGCAGCCAGGAGAAGAGAGGUCCCACAGAGAAGAACUCAACAAGCCCCAUUCACUCAGAGAGGGAAGCCUUGCUUGUUGGGAUCAUCUCAACCUUCCUGCACGUCCACCCGUUUGGAGCCAGCAUCGAGUACAUCUGUUCCUACCUCCAGCGUUUGGACACCAAGAUUAACCCCAGUGAGGUGGAGGCUCUCCUUUCCCGGCUGCCCUGCACCUUCAGGCAGGAGCUAACUGGUGUCGGAGCGAGUCUGGAGAAACGCUGGAACUUCUGCGGCUUUGAAGGCAUCAAAAGCACCUAGAAUUCUGCAAGGGACACUUGUGGGGCUUGGAGGAGACGACAGGCAGCACAGACUCUGUAGCAAUGUGAAGGAUACAGCAUCUAGCUCACAACUAUCAAACACUCAGAACUGAACCCUGACUGUAGAAGGGACACGGAGGACUGAUCUCAGAUCAAGCGGCGAUGUUCCACGAGCACUUCAGGGACCGUGUAGGUGGCAGAGACUUUAAAACAUCAUCGCUGCUGAGACCGAGCGUCUAUGAUGGAGUCCUCAGAAGCUUGAUCUCCACCGUUUCUGUGCAUCUGCAAAAUA